AGAGCAGUGUAAGGUUGGUGUGUAUCUGUGUUGUUUGACCAGCUGAAAAUGGCGGCUCGGAGCGUCGAAGCCGUCUACUAACUUUAUGACAUGAUCAUAAAAGCUAACAAUGCGACACCAGCGCGGCCUCUCAACAAUGGCGACAAACUUACCGGGGAAGCUACUGGUGAAACGCCGCCGUUGACCGCGAAACGGAGUUAGAAGAGACCAUGGAGGAUCCUCACACGCGGUACAGCAAGCGCCUGCGUACCGGGACCCGCCGCCGCUACCAGGAUGAUGGCAUCUCCGAUGACGAAAUCGAAGGGAAGCGAACGUUUGACCUGGAUGAGAAGUUGCAGUGCAGCAGGUUUGGCUCCGACUUGGUCAAACACAUGGAGGGAAAAGAUUUCACGUUUGAGUACAUCCAGAGGGAAGGACUUAGGGAGCCCAUCAUCUUUGAAAAACCCGAAGGCCUGGGACUACAAAUGCCAGACUCUGAUUUUAGUGUGAGCGAUGUCAAGGUGUUUGUUGGGAGUCGACGCAUCGUUGACGUGAUGGACGUCAACACCCAGAAGGGAAUCGAGAUGUCGAUGGCUCAAUGGGGGCGCUACUACGAGACCCCGCCGUCGGAACGAGAGAAACUUUACAACGUCAUCAGCUUGGAGUUCAGUCACACCAAAUUGGAGAAUUUGGUGCAGCGUCCGACAUCCGUGGACCUGAUUGACUGGGUAGACAACAUGUGGCCUCGCCAUCUGAAGGAGAGACAGAGGGACUCUACCAAUGCAAUCAUCGACAUGCAUUAUCCCAAAGUACAGAAGUACUGUCUAAUGAGUGUGCAAGGCUGCUUCACAGAUUUCCAUAUUGACUUUGGAGGCACUUCAGUCUGGUACCACAUACUCAGAGGAGGAAAGGUGUUCUGGCUGAUUCCACCCAGCCCCCAGAACCUGGAGAUGUAUGAGAACUGGGUUUUAUCAGGAAAACAAGGAGAUAUCUUCUUGGGUGACAAAUGUCAUGACUGCCAGAGGAUAGAGCUCAAGCAAGGCAACACCUUCAUGAUUCCCUCAGGGUGGAUCCAUGCUGUGUACACGCCCGAGGACACCCUGGUGUUUGGGGGGAAUUUCCUCCACAGCUUUAAUAUUCCCAUGCAGCUUAACAUCUACAGUAUUGAGGAUCGCACUCGGGUCCCAGCAAAGUUUCGUUACCCCUUCUACUAUGAGAUGUGCUGGUACGCCCUGGAGAGAUACCUCUACUGCCUGACAAAUGUCUCCCACCUCACUCCUGAGUUCCAAAAAUACUCCCUCGGCAUAGGUCUGACACGAGCGGACCUCGAUAUCGAUGACCACACCAGCAACGGUACCUCCAAUGGCGUCGACAUUGAGGUUGAAAGGAAGUUGAAGGAAUCUGAUAGUGACGUUGAUAAGAAUGCUGAUGAAAUCGAAAUAGACAAAACAGAUCCAGUUUUCAGACCGCAGUGUGCACUGACACCCUUUGAGCUAGAGGGGCUAUGUAACCUGUUAGGGAAGCUGGAGGAAUUGCCCCCCAACAAAAAGUGCGUCCCCACAGGGAUUGAGAAUGCCGAAGCUUUACUGGAAGACAUGCGGGCUGUUCUGAAGGAGCAUACCACCGACAACCCCAAGAUGUCCUACACUGGAAAACCCAUUGUCAGGUGGCCCAAAAGACCGUCAUGGUACCAACCACCCUCAACCCCACCACCACCACCACCAACACCACCACCACCACCAGCACCAGCACCGCCUUGCAGGCCGCGCCUGGGACCUUCUCUCUACAAACCUUUCGGUCAGAGAUCCAACAAAAGCUCGUCCAUCUCGGCUUUGAGGCGCCGUCGGGUGCGGUGCAAAUACUGCUCGGGCUGCUGCAGGAAGGAGUGCGGCAAUUGCAAUUUCUGUCUGGACAUGAGGAAGUUUGGAGGGCCUGGAAGGAUGAAGAAGACCUGCAUCAUGAGACAGUGUCUCAUGCCUGCUUUGCCAAAUACUGCCCGAUGUGCGGUCUGUAAAAAAGGGGAGGUAGAAGAAUCCCACCCAAGUACUCACACGCUCAUGGAGUGUUCUGUUUGCUUGCGCAUUACUCAUCGUCAAUGCACAAAGGAGUCCGGCGAUGGAAAGAUUAAUGACGAUUUGCCGAGCUGCUGGGAAUGUCCUAGAUGUAACCAAGACAAAGAUUCCGCAUCAGAGUCUUUUAGUGAUGGGGAGAGUGACUCUUCAGAAGAAUCCACGUCGCCGCCACCAGCCAAACGUUCCUACAGGGAAGGCAUUGGCGUAGGCGAAAGGAUGGCACGGGGGCGACGCGGCAGACCCCCGUCACGGACCACAGCCCCACCACCUUCUCAGAAACUGCUGCUGCAGCAUCAACAAAAUCGCAGGAGAGCAAGUCUAUUGGAGCUUAGGCUCAGGAAGAGACUAAAACUGGAGCGCAGCAAAAUUCUUGCACAGAAACAGUCAAUGGAGCGCUCCAAGUUACUAUCCCGCCUGCGCUCUCCAGUGGGCAGACUCUCUCAGGGAAGAGGUCGGGGCACCUCCUGGCUGGGUGGCUCCUCCAGAGCGACCGGCUCCCUCCGGCUACACUCGUCUCCCGCUCCCACACUUGAAGACAGGGGAGAGCUCCGCCGAGGGCAAGGGAGAGGUGUGAGGCUGCGCGGCGGGGGAGCGGGAAGAGGAGUCACCGGUGGUCGACCCAAUCCCAGGUUGGAGGACAGUGAGGACAGCAGCAGCAGCACGAGCAGCAGCAGCUCUGACGAGGAAGAGGAGGAGACGGUGCCAAACGGUAAAGAGAACCAGCCACAGUCGAGACGAGAAGGUGUACGAGCCACAGACAUGGAAGAGGAGGAGCUGCGAGAGGAAAAGGGCACGGGUGGUGAUGGUGAGCAGGUCACCGACAGCUCGUUUGCCAAAGUAACGCUACAAAGGCCAUCCAAGGACAAGCAGCACCUUUCCGCCAUUGUUCCCAAACUGGAGGCAAUCACCCCGCAGACUGCAGCACACACACCCAACCGGUCUCUAGUGAGACCGCCCAUCAGAAACCCAAACACAAAUGGUAAACAUUCCAGCAUGCAGCAGCCGCCGCCAAUCUCCCGCGGCGGGGACACACGCACUUCCCACCACGCGGAGAGCAACGCGGCCGCUCAAAGGAAAAUGCCCGGCAGCACGGCGAAGCUGAGCAACGGCGCCUCCUCGUCUACAUCCUCCGAUCUCUCACACCUCCGCACCCCUCUGUCCGCCCUACAGGGCGGAGGGAGUGAAGCAGGCAGGGAGGGCAGUGGGAGUGGGCCGGACUGCGAGAGGGAAGUGUGGGUGUCUGUCUUCCGGUACCUAAGUCGAGCAGAACUUUGCGUAUGCAUGGCGGUCUGCAAGAACUGGUACAAAUGGUGCCUGGACAAGCGACUUUGGACGCAGAUUGACCUGAGCAUUAAACGCACCAUCACCCCUCAGGCGCUAACAGGGAUCAUCAAGAGGCAACCCGCUUCGCUCGAUCUCUCUUGGACCAACAUCUCCAAAAAACAACUUGGCUGGCUUGUUAGCCGCCUUCCAGGGCUGAAGGACCUGAUGCUGGCAGGUUGUACGUGGACAUCGAUUUCUGCUCUGUGUUCCUCCGGUUGUCCUCUCCUUCGCUCUCUCGACUUGCGAUACGCAGACGGCGUCAAAGAUGCUCAGAUCAGGGACUUGGUCACUCCUCCAGGUUGUGACAAUCGCAGUCAGUUCCGCACCAUGCAGUGUCUUCGACUGGCGGGCUUGGACAUCAGCGACUCCACGCUGCGCCUGGUGAUCCGCCACAUGCCCCACUUGACCAGGCUGGACAUAUCCCACUGCAACAGCCUCACAGACCACUCCAUCAACCUGCUGACGGCGGUGGGCUCCUCCACGCGGAACACAUUAACCGAACUCCACUUGGGAGCUUGCAGUAAACUGUCAGACACCUGUCUCAAGUAUCUCCGACGCCUGUCCUGCAUAUCCCUGUUGGAUCUGCGAGGCUGUAAAGGUGUCUCCCGCAAAGCAUGUGAGUCCUUUAUCUCCGAGCUGUCCGUCAACACACUCUACUGCCUGUCGGAGGAGAAACUCAUUCAGAGGAUAUCCUAGAGUUGGAUUCUAAAGCGAGGUUUGGACGCUCAUGUGCACCUGCAGAACUAAACUAGCCAGUGUUGAUGGAAGGGAGCUGUUACCGCGGCAACAGUGCACCUAAAAAGAGACUCAGGACUCCUUUUGGUUUUUGUCUUACUUUUUUGGGGAGGUGGAGUUUUUUUUCACAUGUCAGGAGUGGGAGGACAUAGUUUAUUCAUAAAAUUAUCUGUUCUGGACUAAACAGCCACAUUUAAUUCUGUUAAAUCACCUUUCGCUUCCAUUUUUGCUUCAUGCACAACGGCUAUGGGUCAAUUUCCUAUUUUCUUAAUCAAAAACCUGAAACGGAUUGCAUUUAAGAGCUAUACAAGUGUUUAAAUAUGCAUGAACUUGGCUCUUCCUGGGGAGCAGUGUGAUGAUGAAGUGCUGGGCCAGGGAGCAGUAGGCAUGGAGGUACUACUCUUUCUACACAGACUUCCUUUAGAUUUACACUCUCAACACAACAUUUUUGAUACAUGUUUUUUUGGGGGUUGGGGAUGUUCUCAUGAGCAUAACACUUCAAUAUAGAGAUGUAUAAUUUGUUUUUUCGAGGAGCAGGGAUGUUUGUCUGGAGUCUUUGUGCCCAACAUGGUUCCUGCUAUGAACUCUUGACUAGAGACUAGCGUUGUGGCCGCCUGACCACAAAUACAGUACAUCUUUCCCCUCCUUUAGGUGUUGGAAAAACGGGACUCCUGUAGCGUUGUAAUUAUUUUCAGAAACGUUCUGCUUUUUUACUUUAUGUUACAUGUGUUAUUUUUCAAGAAAAAAUAAAACCAAAAAUCACAA